AUGUUUCGUUUUGGAUCAAGAUUAUUAUAUAGUGCAGCAGGUAGUGGUGGAUUCGCAGGUGCCAAAGGUAUCGUUGGAACCGUCGGUUUGGGUCGUUUGAAUCACGUUGCAAUUGCAGUGCCCAACAUGGAGGAGGCCGCCACUAUGUACCGUGAUGUCAUGGGUUGCAAAGUGAGUGAAGCCGUCGAACAGAAGGAACACGGUGUCUCCACUGUGUUUGUUGCACUCGAGAACACCAAGAUCGAGUUGCUCCAUCCGCUCGGUGAGAACAGCCCCAUUGCAAACUUCCUCAAGAAGAACCCAGCCGGUGGAAUUCACCAUGUUUGCAUCGAAGUCGACGACAUUCACUCUGCCGUCAAAGUACUCCAAGAGAAACAGAUUCGUAUCAUCGAUCCAAAUCCAAAGAUCGGUGCACACGGUAAACCAGUCGUUUUCUUACAUCCAAAGUCAUGCAAUGGUGUACUUGUAGAAUUAGAAGAGAAAUAA